AUGCAACCUUCAGACUCAGUGUUCUCUGCUUCAGUUGGGUCUCGAAGGCUACGAGGCGUCAUGAAGCUAGUUCUUGCUUUAGUGGCGGUGGCGGUGGCGGCGUGCCUGGCGACGGCCGCUCCUGGCGGUGGCUACGGGGGAGGAGUGUGCUGCGGAGGCGCUGGAGGCGGCGGCGGAGGGCGUGGAGGCGGGAGAGGGCGAGGGCGCGGGCGAGGGAGGGGCGUGGGAGGGGGGAGGUUUUCCGUCGGUCUGGCAGGAGGACUUUCCAUUAAGGGAGGCGGAGGGGGAGGCCUCGGAGGGGGAAGUGGAGGCUUUGGGGGAGGAAGUGGAGGUUUCGGAGGAGGAAGUGGAGGUUUCGGAGGAGGAAGUGGAGGCUUUGGGGGAGGAAGUGGAGGUGGAGGCAGCGGAGGCCUUGGAGGAAGUGGAGGUUUCGGUGGUGGAGGACUAGGAGGUGGUGGAGGAGGUUUCGGUGGAGGAAGCGGAGGCCACGGAGGAGGUGGAGCAGCGGCGGCUCAGGCUUCAGCAGCGGAAACAGUGGCUUCACCAGCGGAGGACUCGCGUCGUGAGUGUUAA